AUGGCGCCAAUUACGAGAUCCUGGGGCAGGGUACGGGUAAAGGCGCUGCCGGCUAGUCAAGCCAGGAGAUUUUUCCCUAAUCAGCUGGAAGCCUAUAAAGGCAAGAUUCUGAGGCCCGAUGGACAACACCUCGGCUUGUACUGGGGUGUCGAGCCCCCUUUCUCACAUUACUGCUUUAGGAGCCUUGCAUACGCAGCAUGGUACGACAGAGAAGGUGCUUGUAUGAACCACGGCAGGUAUAUUGAGCCCAGAGCCUAA